GGAAACGCGACGCGUCAAUACUGCACGUGAUAUUCUUCUUUCCGAACGUGCUUGUUCUUCUGUAUCUUAUAUCUCGUCGCUCACUCAACUAAAUUUGCAGACCGUAUCACGAUCACAACAAUCAUGACUGAUCUCACAUAUUGCUAUCUGCAUAUGUCCAAGCACGAUCUCCAAGUGCUGGACACACUCGAGACGUCGGAUUAUAUCAAAGGGGAACUUUCGGACGAGGAACUCGAUAUUCCUCAACACAUGGUACCACCGAACCCAGAUGACUCAGAUAAUCUGCCAUCCCAUGUUCAUCCAUCAUAUCCAUAUGGAAACCCCAGAAGUAUCAAACACCCUGCCUCUAGGCCUCGACCACCAUACGAUCCGACAUCGCGCGCUCUCUUUGAGGAUAUGGGAUAUGACGGAAGCGGUGUUGCCGGUACUCUUCGGUGGAAAGAUUUGGCUCUUGAUCAACUGCUGCCGGUAGAUGAAGAGAAAGAGACGGCGCUCAAAGCAGCAGAGGCGCGUAAGAUGGCCAGCGGAACUGGCAAUCAAAAUCCUCAAACGCAACAACAACCUGCAGCGCUGGCGCCUGGCGACGAGACUAUUGAUGAAGAGGACGAUGAAGAUGAAGAUGAUGAAAGUGAAGACGACGAAAACGACGAUGAAGCUGAUGAGGAUGAGGACAGCGAAGAAGACGCGGACGGUUGAACAUAGUGUUCGUUGCUGUUAUCAACCUUUUGCAAGUAUUGUGGUUACCAACGCAUCGCUUGCAUCCUCUUGCAACAAGUCUUUGACGUCCCCUUCCUGUUCAAGGG